AGACACGAAGGGGCACGCUUUCGACCGAAGGUCGACGACGGCACCGACUCUCUUUCUCUCUCUACACGGAGCACAGUUCUAGUCGCGUCUUCCCCCCGCCCUGACAGUUUCUCUCUCUAGACCAUCGUCGCCGUCGCCGUCUUCAUCGAGAGGAAGAGGAGUAGGCCUCGCCCCUGACCCGGCUUCCUCUCCGCCCCCUCCCCUGCGCGUCGACCUCUGACUCUGCCGAAUUCCGUUUCUCCCGCCGAGUAGAUGGAGCAGUCUCUGUUGUCUCUCACGCAUAAAGGAUCGAUACUAGAAGCAAUUUCUGAAGCCAAAAUACAGAGGAAACUUUUCGUUGUCUACAUUUCAGGUGAAGAUGGUGAAUCAGCACGAAUGGAAGAAACUACUUGGAGGGAUUUCCGUGUGUCAGAGUCACUGUCCAAGUACUGCAUCUUUCUUCAUGUCCUCGAAGGAAGUACAGAUGCCACUAACUUCUCGAAAAUAUAUCCCCAGGGAUCUGUUCCUUGCAUUACAGCUGUUGGGUAUAAUGGUGUGAAACUUUGGGAAAAUGAGGGAUUUAUCAGUGCUGAAGAUCUAGCAUUAGGCCUUGAAAAGGCAUGGUUGAGUCUACAUAUUCAGGAAACAACUGCUAGUGUUUUGACUGCAGCACUCGCUGCUAGAAAUUCUGAACCAUCUGGUUCUCAUGCUUCAAGUACGGCUUCAAUAGAGCAAGGUAGUUCUUCAAGAACAGCUGUUAAUGCUUCAUCUGACGAGCACAAUCAAGGGUCUGAUACUGUACCUUUCGUGUCCACUGAGAUACUCGAGGAAAAAAGAUGCUGUGAAGACAUUGCUGAGAAAAUUGAUGAUGACAAGCCAUCUUUAAAGGCAGACUUUCAAGAUGACUCAGGGAGUCUUGGGGAUGAGAAAUCCUCUUCUUCAGUUGGGGCAUCUAAAGGAUCAGGAGAUCCUAGUUCAUCUGAUCUUGGCAACAACUCAGAUGAUCACAAGUCUUCCCACAUUGAAAAAAGAAAUUAUGUCUCAGAGGAAGCUGCGAAAUGCUCAUUGGAGAUUUCAGAAAUCCCAGAGUCAAACUCUAAAGAAUCAAAUGUAACUUCAUCAGAGGAAAAGCCUCGUUCUGUGGAGGAUGUAGAUGUUGAUUUGACUUGCAAACGUCCCAGUAGUAGUCAAUCAAUGGAUGUCCAUUUAAAUAUCCGCUUGCCCAACAGUAUAAGUCUUCAACACAAGUUCUCUGUGACAAACUCUUUGAGAGCGGUCAAAGAGUAUGUGAAUGAAAAUCAAGAUAGUAACUUUCACUCCUACAAUUUGGCCAUUCCAUAUCCUCGAAAGAUAUUUACUGAUCAAGAUUUGGACAGAUCUUUGUUGGAGCUGGAACUGGUUGGUAGACAAGCAUUGAUAGUGGUUCCGCUAGAAAGAGGUACAAAUCAUAAUAGAGGAGGUUCCCUGUCCCAGCACCAACCAAGUUCAACUGAUGAUUCUUCUGAUGGAAAUAAUGGAGGAUACUUUGGAAUUGUGAGAAGGAUCUUGUCCUACGUGAAUCCACUUUCUUAUCUUGGAGGUGCAUUCCGCUCAUCAGAUCCUAAUCUUCCCCCUCAAAAUAACUCGACAAGAACAGAAGGACGGAAUCUCCGUGACUCGACAAAUCAGAACACUUCCACGGGAAGCAGAACUGAGGGCGGGAGCAGGAGAACAAUGUCAUCCCCUUUUGGUAGCAACAUACAUACUCUGAAGCAUGACGAAGAUGAUAAUCGUUUCAGCGAUAGAAAUUCUUUCUGGAAUGGGAACUCUACGCAGUAUGGCGGCAAUGGCGAUGAAAGAUAGGAUGUGAUUAUAUGAAUAUGUUAAUGUUUUUGUUUUCCUCUUGUUUCUUUUUCAGGCCGGUGUUAAUGGUAUAUACAGAUGUGAAAUAAUGGAGUCGGGAUGGAUGCUUGAUCAGUGAUGUUCAGAUCUUCCUAUAGUGAAAUUGCAAUAUAUAAUCCAAAAUUUGUGAAGUUGGUUGGUG